AUGACGCUAUCACCGGAUUACCUGGAUUGGGUUCAGAGAUCCACCGGAAAUUAUGAGGAACGAUUCUGGACAGUUCGCCAUACUGAGUUAGCAAAGCGCGCUCUAGAAGCCCAAACUCAGCUGGUUGCUAAUCGUGCAGGACUUAAAGUACACAAAGCUGGGGAGAUGCAGUCUAAUAUUGCUUUCAACUCCUUCCUAUCAAAAGAAUCAGGACAAGUAGAGUCUUCUACAACGGGACAGAGGCACCCACGCGAUCCCUGGGACGGACUGGAAGAUGGUUCAUCAAUAUCUAUAGCAGCCCGCUGGAAACACCUUUGCAGUAAGAGUGAUAAUGAGCAUAAUUCAUUCCCAACAACGCCGCCUAAGGCUGGGAUAAUGUUUUCACCUUGGGCGACAUUGAACCUGAAGGCUGUCUGGAGUUCUGCGCUGUGGAUUGGCAGUAGUGCGAUAAAAUUUGACGAAGGGGAUGCGACAUCAUCAGCAUCAACGUACCGAAGAAACGGCGUUCGAUCAAUUGAAGAUAACCAAUCUAGAGGGCAUAAAAUCGAUGCAAUCAUAUGGGCUUUGAAAGCGAAUACGGAAUUUGGCGCCGUAAAGGGAGGAAAAAAGUACGAGGCUUCUUAUGGCACCAAAUAUUUAAACGACAGUGUAAAAACCGCUAAAACAUUGAAAGACAUGUUUGACAUAGCGUGUGUCAAUGCUGCCAGACAUGGGCAUGAUAUCAAAUGCGACAUGAAGGCCUAUGGAAUCGUAACGUCAGGCCUUCGAAUUGAGAUCGUCAUCUUAAAAUAUUUGAAGGGCAGAUUAUUUUAUUUCAAAAGAAAUUUCGCUGAUGAAUUACCUCCAAUAUUGAACGAGACCACAUUAUGGACAAUUAAGGGCAUUCUGGUGGAAAUAUUGUUGAUGAGACAGAGAAUGGAAGACAAGGCAAAAGAGUUGGAAGUUUGGGUAUAUGGAAAGAGAUCCAUAGAUCAAGCACUUGAAAGUAUUGGGCUGCCAGAGACUUUGAAAACCCCUCCAGGAUCUCCAAAGGGACAAGCGAAAAGAAAAAAGACUAUUUCAACUUAA